GGGUGCGUGUGUGUGUGCGUGUGUGUGUGUCCGGGCCGCGGCCGGCCCCUCCCCGCCAGGCCCCGCCCCCGCGGCCGGCCAGAAAAGCUCCCGCGCACCCUGGCCCCGCGUCCCGCCUCCACGAGGUCUCCGCCAUGCAGGGGACCCCCGCGCCCGGCUCCCCCCGCGGCUCCCCCGGGCUCUUCAGGAAGCUCCUGGUGACCCAGGGCAGCCGCGUGCAGCGGCGCUUCACCUUGGCGCAUCCGCUCUGCUUUGACCUGGAAAAUGGACUCCCGUGCGGAAGGAACCCCCAGGACCUUCCUGGCCGGGUCACCCAGGCUCCUGCCGCGCACAGCCAGAGGCGCGAGUCUUUCCUGUACCGCGUGGACAGCGACUAUGAGCUCCCCCCCAAAGCCAUGUCCCGGAACUCCUCGGUGGCCAGUGACCUGUGUGUGCCGCCGACCCCCCGCCAGCCGCGCCGCCUGAGCCGCCCCCUCCCUCCCGGCGCUGACCGCUCCCUCCCGCCAGGUGCUGGCCAGUCUGCGCACCGUCCGGAGCAACGUCGCGGCCCUCGCCCACCUGCAAGGCCGCGGGGCCGCCAGGCGUCUAGCGGGAGCCCCCCAUCCGGCAGCCAGCCUCCCCCAACCACAGAGGACACGGCGCAGCAGUUGGCGUUGGAGACUCUGGGCGAGCUGGACUGGUGCCUGGAGCAGCUGGAGGCGCUGCAGACAGGGCACUCGGUGGGGGAGAUGGCCUCCAACAAGUUCAAGCGGAUGCUCAACCGAGAGCUGAGCCACCUGUCUGAAAGUGGCCACUCCGGGAGCCAGGUGUCCGAGUACAUCUCCCGGACUUUCCUGGACCAGCAGACGGAGGUGGAGCUGCCCAGUGGGACCCCCCCAGAGGCCCCACGGCCCAUGUCCCAGAUCAGCGGCCUGCGUGGGCUUCCCCACAGUGCCAGCCUCUCCAUGGCCACCCUCCCACGCUUCGGGGUCCAGACUGAGCAGGAGGGGCAGCUGGCCAAGGAGCUGGAAGACACCAACAAGUGGGGGCUUGACGUGUUCAGGGUAGCAGAGCUCAGCGGGAACCGGCCUCUUACUGUCAUCAUGUUCAGCAUCUUGCAGGAGCGGGACCUGCUCAAGACAUUCCGGAUCCCGGCUGACACGCUCGCCACCUACCUGCUGACACUGGAGGGCCACUACCACGCCGAUGUGGCAUACCACAACAGCCUGCACGCCGCUGACGUGGCCCAGUCCACGCAUGUGCUGCUGGCCACGCCCGCCCUUGAGGCCGUGUUCACAGACCUGGAAGUCCUGGCCGCCAUCUUUGCAAGCGCCAUCCACGAUGUGGACCACCCUGGGGUCUCCAACCAGUUUCUGAUCAACACUCGUGAGUCUAAUAAGACAAAGACUCAGUCCUUCUUUCAGCCAGCAUCUAGUACACACUGCCCCCCAUCAUGCCUAGACUCCAAGGAGUUCCCCAACUCAGGGUUGUGGAGCUGGACACAGACACCCCCAGUCCCACAAAGUCAGGGCAGGAACAGAUGGAGAGAGGGAUGGGGUUUUGGAAGGCUUCCUGGAGAAGGGGCAUUACAGCUAGGGCUUCAACGCAUGCAUAGGAGUUUGCUAAGGAUUUUCCCCACACCUGCCCUUGAAUGGGAUGGGCUUGGCGGGUGGAUCUUGAGGCUCCCAGCCUUCCCCAUAGACUCCGAGCUGGCGCUCAUGUACAAUGAUGCUUCCGUGCUGGAGAACCACCACCUGGCCAUGGGCUUCAAGCUACUGCAGGUGGAAAACUGCAACAUCUUCCAGAAUUUGAGCACCAAGCAGCGGCUGAGUCUGCGCAGGAUGGUCAUUGACAUGGUGCUGGCCACGGACAUGUCCAAGCACAUGACCCUCCUAGCCGACCUGAAGACCAUGGUGGAGACCAAGAAAGUGGCGAGCCUCGGUGUCCUGCUGCUGGACAACUACUCCGACCGCAUCCAGGUGCUGCAGAACCUGGUGCACUGCGCCGACCUCAGCAACCCCACCAAGCCGCUCCCCCUGUACCGCCAGUGGACGGACCGCAUCAUGGCCGAGUUCUUCCGGCAGGGCGACCGCGAGCGUGCGCGGGGGAUGGACAUCAGCCCCAUGUGCGACAAGCUCACGGCCUCCGUGGAGAAGUCACAGGUGGGGUUCAUCGACUACAUCGCACACCCGCUGUGGGAGACGUGGGCUGACCUGGUGCAUCCGGAUGCCCAGGGCCUACUGGACACGCUGGAGGACAACCGCGAGUGGUACCAGAGCAGGAUCUCCCGCAGCCCCGCGGAGCCCAGCAGCCCUGAGCGGGGAGGCCCUGACGGGGUCCAGUUUGGGCUGACCCUGGAGGAGGCCGAGGAGGAAGAGGAGGAGGGCGAAGGGCAGGCAGCAUGAGAUGGGGAGGCCUCAGAGUUGCCCAACACCAAGCUCCUAGGCCCCGGGACCCCACCCCUGGACAACCAGAGGACUGUGGGCAAGCCCUGUGCGGGCCAUGAGGACAACAUGAUGGCCGAGCCCUCUGACACCUAACGGCCCCUGCAGAUGGACUUUCCAGAAAGAAGUCCCAAGAGGCCCCGGCCUCACACUCCCACCCCAUCGAGCUUUCAGUUACAGAGAGGUCUCAGAGUCAGAUUGGAGGUGCUUGGCUACGGUCCACUCUGACCACAGGCUCAGCUGAGAGAUCGCUCUGAGGGGCAGGCUCUUGGGAUCCCCCUCCUUGUCCUCCAUCCCCGGUGUGGAUGGGGGACACCUGCCAGAGGUCCCUUGGCCACUUUCUCUGGCUGUGACUCUUAAGCCACAUCUAUCACUUGAUUGAUCCUGUCAUUCUUUAUCACAUAUUUAUUGAGCACCUAUUGUGUGCCUGGCCUGUGCCUGCUUUGUGUCUCUGGGGUAGUGAAGCUGGCAGGAGUGGGGAGGAAAGCCUCUGCUGCUUUUUGUGCGAGUCACGGCCCCUCUGGGCCUCAGUUUCCCCCUCUGACCCCAGUGCUGGGACAGACUCUGCCUGAGGAAUGGGCAGCGUGCGUUUUUCUGCAGUUAAUUCAAGCCUUCAAGUCUUAACACAGACAGGGACCCCAAAUUAGUAUUGUGCCCAUUUCAGGGUUGGGGAAACCGAGGCACAGAGGGGUCUGGACCGGAGACUCCCGGCCUCCUUGCUGGACGCCUUCUUCCCAGGGGUCCAGGCCUCGUGGAGAGCAGACAGCUUCCUUCCCAGCCACUCACCCCACAUUCCUUCCAGCCUUUUAAAAGGUGGAGAUUUAUGGGAUUUUCAGUUUGAUUUUUUCUGUCUUCCCCCCACAUCCCCUUUACUUAUAAAGUAUCACAUGCUCACUGUAGAGCAUUUAGGAAGGAUGGAAAAGUGCAAAAAUAAAAUUCGGCUCUAACCGCA